AUGCGUCGAGCGGCGCUGGCGUCGUUGAGAUUCACGGACGACAACCGCAAAGAAGUUUGGGAUAUACUUACCAGUGAGAAUGACGGAUUUGGUCGAUGCUGCAAGUUAGCUGCACGUGUGGCAUGUCGACUUCUGGGCAAAGAGGAAUGCACGACUCGGUUUAAUGAAAUCUACCCGGAAAUCGAGGAGCGAGUGUCCAUGGACAACCCAAGUGCAUGCAUAAAUGCGUUACAAGUUAUCUCCGAAUUCCACCGUAAUUUGCCUCGAGAAUUUGGUACUCGAGUGAAGACUCUCAUUGCUGAGUUUGUCGUUCCCGGGCUCAUUCUGAGUCCUCUAUCGGAAGAAGUAGAAGAUUCUCCAGCAGACGACCUGCAGGUCCCAUUGGAGGAGCAACCAGUGUCUAGGUUCUGUCUCCCAAAGGUAUACGGUAUGAAAUUACUGGCUCGGUAUCUGUUCACGUGUAGUGGUGAAGUUGAAGAUGAUCCGUUGGCUUUGAAAACAUUCAAAAUGUUUACAGCAUUCAUUCAAGCUGCUGGUGAUUUGCAUGAUCAAGACAAAAACAUUUCGAAAGUCGAAAAGGCUUGGCUACGUGCUGUCGCUGGAGCCUCGCUGUUGAAGCUGUGCUAUAUCCAAAAAUAUUCGCAGAUGAUUGAUGUCGAGAUGUUCACUACUCUUGCUAGCCUAAUCAUUGAUAGCGCCGACUGUGUUCGCUCCUAUUUCGUUAAACGUUUGAACAAAGGAAUAAUGAGGAACAGGCUCACUGUUGAAUACUUGGCACUCUUCUCGCUGGUUGAUUUAUUAACCAUUACUACCGAUGAGGAGGAAUCGACCGUCAAGUCGCAUCGUGAACAGUGCCGCGCAUUUCUCACUUCGGCCGUGAACAGGAGACGACGCCUCAUUCAAUCUGCAGGAUUCUCCCCU